UGUGGGGCAUCUUCAGCUUCGUGUCUGCCGUGGGUGCCGGAGAAGGGCACCGUGGGAGCCUCAGGAGACCUCGCCCCGCUCAGCCACCUGGCGCUGGGGAUGUUGGGGGAGGGGCGCAUGUGGAGCCCCAGCACUGGCUGGGGCGAUGCCAAAUAUGUGAUGGAGUCCCACAAUCUGAAGCCCAUCGUGCUUGGGGCCAAGGAAGGCCUGGCGCUCAUCAACGGCACUCAGUUCAUCACCGCCAUCGGCACGCUGGCGCUCAGUAAGGCGGAGAACAUCGUGCGGCAGUGCGACGUUGUGGCCGCCCUCACCCUCGAGGUUAUGAAAGGCACCAGCCGAGCCUUCGAUAGUGAAGUGAUGGCUUUAAGGCAUCAUAAAGGCCAGAAGUUGGUCGCAGAGAGGCUGCGAGCGCUGCUUCACUCUGACACCUACCCAUCAGAGAUUGCAGAAAGCCACCGCUUCUGCGACCGCGUGCAGGACGCCUACACCCUGCGCUGCUGUCCCCAGGUGCACGGCGUAGUCCACGACACCAUCGACUUCGUCAGGAGUGUUCUGAUCGACGAGAUGAACGCCGCUACUGAUAACCCGUUGGUUCUUUCUGGACGCGGCGAGAUUAUCAGCGCUGGUAACUUUCAUGGCGAAUAUCCUGCCAAAGCCUGUGACUUCCUCGCCAUCGCCGUCCAUGAGCUCGCCAGCAUCUCUGAACGCAGGAUCGAGAGGCUUGUUAACCCAGCUUUAAGCGAACUGCCGGCCUUCCUGGUGAAGGAGGGCGGCCUCAACUCCGGCUUCAUGAUAGCGCACUGCACCGCCGCCUCGCUUGUUUCGGAAAACAAAGUGCUGUGUCAUCCCGCGAGUGUUGACUCUCUCACCACUUCAGCUGGCACAGAAGAUCACGUCUCGAUGGGAGGCUUCGCUGCCAGGAAGGCCCUCACGGUGGUAGAAAACGUCGAGUAUGUGAUUGCCAUCGAGCUGCUGGCUGCGUGUCAGGCCAUUGAGUUCCUGAGGCCUUUGAAGACGUCGGCGCCUCUGGAAGAAGUCAUCAAGACCGUGCGAGCGGUCGUAGGAUCGUGGGACGAGGAUCGCUACAUGGCGCCUGCUAUUGAUGCCGUCAGAGAGCUACUAAAAGAGGGGAAAAUUUGGCACGCUGUUCGCCACCACAUCGACCACUACACCCACAGCCAGAGCAUCGAGACCCGAGUGUUCUCACCCACAAUGAGCUUCGUGGGUAGCGGUCCCCCCAAGCUGCAGAGGAAGAGGAAGAACUCUCUCAACCAAACGACGCCGGCCAAACAAAUUCGCUCCGCAAAGAAAAAUUGAUACAUGACGGCAGUCGCCUUGGCGUUUUUGAAGUGGAAUUGAUAAUAACUUCAUUUAUUUGUUAGAAGUUUUCUACACCAUUGGAACUAAGAAUAAAAAGAGAAGUCCGAGUGGUUCUAAUGAGUCGCAAAUGUUUGGAUGUUGUCCUACAAAUUUUUCUACAAUGUCAAUGGUAAAAAUUUCGCGCUCUGAUAUGUUAGAGCAUAAUUAGCUAGCACUUUCAGUUCUUCCAACACACCUUUUAGCGUAAACAUGAGCUCGGUUUUUCUUCAACUUGAAUUUUUUGAUGCAUCCUAAAAACUUAAUUUUUUUGCUGUGACUAAUGAGAACCGAUCCUGCGUUGAAAAUUAUAACGCAUUAUCUGGCGUACCACCAGGACACGCGCCCAAAUUAGAAUCGCACGGACAUUUCGUGGACAUCACGAAAUGCCCGCACCCAUUGGCUAUAGUUUUUCAGGGAGCAAGUAAGAACUGAAUUAAAUGUCAAUAAACUUCUCCUAUUGCGUACAGUUGAAAGUUUUGGAGCCGCACUUGAUUUCAGGUUUCAGUUCCAACAUAAUUCACUAAUGAUAGUUUUUGUUAUUCACUGCUGUUCUUCCAACUUCAUCCAUGCUACCCGACAUUCCAUCUCGCAUUCGAUUCGAUUACAUCGCUUUCUUUCUGCUCUCGCCACAUUCUAAUAAAUGUUCAUUAAUCUUCAUAAAUGAACAUCAUUCUGUGUUCUCAUGUUCAGCCUGUACUACCUUGCCUCCAUUGUCAUCUGACAUGCUUAUAUCGUUAAUUGUUUUCUCCGAUUUUUAAUGGUUGCAUUCACAAUAUUCACGGCAAAUAUGUCCUCACUCAUUUCACUAGUAUUUAUUUCCGUCAUUUCAAACCCUCUUGUAUCUGAGCAAUGAUGCUGAAUCCUCCACCGUUAAUUUGCUGCUUCCUUCUAACAUUGCCAGUCAUCUCAUACUUACCACUUCUAAAAGCCGUCCACCAUCUCGCAGAUGUGCUUCAGUAACAGCCACCACAUCCAUCUGUUAUUCGUUAAACUCUUUUCAUAAAUCAUAAAAUUUUUCAGACCUUACCCUCUCGCUUCAUUUAACCACUUUAAUAAAAAAUAUUAAGUCAGAUUUCAUCCCUUCCAAGAUUAUUUCACUUCCUAAGAGCCACACAACUGGCCUGCACCCACCGUUUCGCCUUUUGUUCGGUCAGUCGGGAGUUACUCUCCCGGUUACGCUAUCAUCCGCGCUGCACGCCCAUCUGGCCUUCUCGCGUCGCUUGAUGUCACCAGCCUCUUCACCAACGUCCCAACUGGAGAUACAUUAGAAAUCAAUGCGAAGCACGCAUAUUUUUUAUCCACUUUGCCGACUCAACCAAUACCCAAGUAAUUCUCGUAGAUCUUCUUCGAUUCUGUACUUCCGAAUCAUCUUUCCGGACUCCCAACAAUAAAAUUUAACGCCAAACCAACGGCGUAGCCUUGGGCAGUCCUUUUGGUCUUACUUUUGCUGAGUAAUAUGUGUGCGAAAUUAAAAAUCUAAUACUUUCAGAUGAACAAAUCAAGACAGAAUCGCACUGAAGUAUAUCGAUGAUAUCUUCGCUGUCAUUCGAGAUGAAGAACAAAUGAGGAAUCUACGAAUGGCCUCUGAAAUGAAUUCUGACUUAAAGAUUACUUACGAACUCGGACAAAAUUGUACUGUAAUCGGAAUUUCACAUACUUGCAUGUUCUUACAUGUCUUAGGUGCGAAAUAUUUUGGUGAAUUGACUUAGUGCUGAAACUUAUUAGUCGUUCAUUAUUAAUUUGAUGUGAAGUUUUUACGGUUUACCUGGAGUUAAUUUUGUUUAUAUUGUUAUAUUUUAUUUUUCUUAUGUCAAAAUGUAUAGAAGAUAGCUAAAUUUCCCAAAUUUCCCAUCGCAUACCUGCAAAAACUGUGGUUCAACAAGACUCGUCAAUAAAACUCAUGGAAAUUUAUGUGUCAAAAAAAUUAGCUUAAAGCCUAUGGCUUAAAACGUGCUUUGCUUCCUUUAGAUACAUACGUCCAAGCUAAAAACAAUUCGUUCGUCGCAAAAGUAUACCAGAAGCCAAAAAGCAGAUGAAUGGAUCUUAUAAAGCAUGGGUAAAUGGGUAUAAAGCAGAUUAAUGGAUCCUUCAAUCCAUCGUUCACAGAAUUGUAAGCGUAACUAUAAUAAUAAAUUGAAUUAAUGAUCUAUUAUUAAAAAGGAAAUAGACAUUCUUGUAAUGAACAAUAGCCCCUGCAAUAAAACGGGAGUUUUCCAAGAGAUCAAUGUAGUCUAUAAAUUUUCCUGCAAUAGAGAAGACUGUAGACUUCUCCCUAAUAUGGAAUACAUCGGGCUCACAACUACGACAUUAAAAGUCGACGUCUCACGUGCCACCU